AUGGCCAUUGGCAGCCCUGUUCCCCUGCCGCACGCUGCGCAGACAUCUUUGACACCCGCCACGGGCAUCGACAUUGACGCCUGGACGAUAUCGGCGCUGCAAUCGCUCAGCGUCUCGCCCAUUGCCCGUGGCACCGGCACGCCCCUGUCCAUCCCGAUCGAUGAUCACCUACCCUCCCGCGCCCGCGCGGCGGCCGAGGCCAAGGCAGCGGACGCCCGGCGCGCCGUCCAAUUCGAUGCCGACGAACCCGCAACGCCGCCCAGGCGGCCACCCUCCCGACGAGACAGCAUGGCGCGUCGCGAGGCACUCCUCAAGGGCAAGGAAGGCAGCAGACAGCGCCGCCGUUGGGAGAAUGACCGUCUCAUUGGCGUCCCCAAUGCACAGCCCCCGCAGCCCUCCGACUGGCAGGUCCAGCCCACGCAUCCCAUUCACAAUGUGCCCUACCAGAUAGCGCAGUUCUGGGACCGCGGCGUGCGUGACCGCGUAGAUGACAAGACGCGGCGUCUGCAGGACGCCCGCAAGAAGCAGCAACUGCUCAGCGGGAGCGCCACCGGCCUCGGUGUCGGCGAGGUGCCGCGUGACCUGCGCGAGUCGGCCAAACGGUCGCCCGCUGUCCGGGGCUGGGUGCGCGCGCUCGAGGAGCCGGUGCGGCAGUUUGUCCACGCACACAUGUCCGGCGCGGAGUCCGCCGAGGAGAGCGAGGAGCUAGACUCGGAUGAGGAGGAGAUUGUGUUUGUGGGUCGCUCGGACGCGAUGCGUGCGUUGCAGGAGAAGAAGAAGAAGACGACAACGUUGCGCGCAGCACGCAGUGAGAGCUCUGGGGAAACAGGCGUCGUGUUUGACGCCUUUGGGGAUGAUGAGAGCGCCUCGUACAAGCGCUGGUUGACGCACUCCAUCUCCGACUACUACGGCCUGGCGUCACGCUCCAUUUUGGUGGGCGGCUCGUCACAAAAGGUCGUCUAUGUUGGGUUAAAGCAGGUUCGCAACAUGGCCGCGGCGUUGCCCAAGAUGCCACGGCCAUUGUGGGAGGUGUGCUGA